UCGGGCAGCUCGGUGACAAAUCGGCUGGGCACGGCCAGGGGUCGGGUCCUGGGAGGAGGCGGAGGAGAGGGUGGGGCAGGCUUGGGAGCGGCAGGACCCGGAGUGGACGGCCAAGGCGGCGCGGGACGGGUCCCUCCCGGCUUGCUAAGUGGGUCUGCUGUCCGCGUGGCACCCCCUCAGAAGACCAGCAGGAUGGCUGCCAACAAGAACAAGGGCCAGAGUUCCUUGGCGCUGCACAAAGUGAUCAUGGUUGGCAGCGGCGGGGUUGGCAAGUCGGCCCUGACGCUUCAGUUCAUGUAUGAUGAGUUUGUAGAAGACUAUGAACCUACCAAAGCUGACAGUUACAGGAAGAAAGUGGUUCUCGAUGGAGAAGAAGUUCAGAUUGACAUUCUGGACACAGCGGGGCAAGAGGACUACGCAGCCAUUCGCGACAACUACUUCCGGAGUGGGGAAGGGUUUCUCCUCGUCUUCUCGAUCACCGAACAUGAAUCAUUUACAGCAACUGCGGAAUUCAGGGAACAGAUCCUUCGUGUUAAGUCUGAAGAAGAUAAAAUCCCAUUGCUUGUCGUGGGAAACAAGUCUGACUUGGAGGAUCGGAGACAAGUGCCCAUCGAGGAGGCAAGGAGCAAAGCAGAGGACUGGGGUGUGCAGUAUGUGGAGACAUCGGCCAAGACGCGGGCCAACGUGGACAAGGUAUUCUUUGACCUCAUGAGAGAAAUCAGGGCAAAGAAGGUGUUGGAAAACAAAGACAAGAACGGCAAGAAAAGCAGCAAGAACAAGAAAAGUUUGAAAGAGCGAUGUUGCUUACUGUGAUGGCCCCCGUGGAGGGUGACAUCUGCGCCGCUAAGGACACGGGGAGGCCCCAGCCCAGACUGUGCACCCCACUCGCCCCCUCUCACUCAUGCCGCUUCCUCUUGUGCAGAAGAGAGCGGGGGCCCGUGGCGGGCUGCAGAAACCAGCCCUCGGCGGCUCUGCCUGGAGGUUUGGGGUUCCCUCCUGCCCGCCUGCCCUCCUUCCUUCCCUCCCAGGGUUGACCAGGUAUGUCGUGCUGUCGGGAGGAGGUAGUCAAGUGUGGGUCCGAGAGAGCGGGUCGCCACAGUGGCUUAUUCCCCCUCGUCUUACAGCACUGCCAUCUCUUGUUCUGAAAUUAAAAUGUCUUAUUUUGCUGGGGUAUUUUUUUUUUUUUGGAUAGGGAGGAAAUAAGAUUCUCCCAACCCUUAUCACACAUACUCAGAAAAAAAAAAAUUAAGUUCUAAUUCUAAAAAUUUUUUUUAAAAAAAGGGGGUGGGGGCUGGAGUGAUAGCAUAGCGGGUAGGGCGUUUGCCUUGCACGUGGCCGACCCGGGUUCAAAUCCCAGCAUCCCAUAUGGUCCCCUGAGCACCGCCAGGAGUAAUUCCUGAGUGCAGAGCCAGGAGUAACCCCUGUGCAUUGCCAGGUGUGACCCAAAAACCAAAAAAAAAAAAAAGGGGGUGCGGGUUAGUUCCUUGUCCAUACCCUGACGGCUCUGAAGCACAGCCGAAAAAAGAAAAGAAUUUGCAUUGGGUCCUACAAGUUUCCAAGAAGCUCCUAAAUUCUCAUGUGUGAAAAUUGUAAGUGGGUUUCACCAUAUUUAAAUAUUGGCGAUUUGCAUUCUGCCCUGGACAUCUUUUUCCUGUGGCAUCCUGGGUUUUGUGUCAGAGGCCUUUCUAGGGACUGCAGAGAAGACUUGAGCAGUAUGCUUUCCAACUGGCGCUGUGCAAACCAGGGAUUCUCCUGACCCUCUCCUCUCCCGCGGCACUGCAGGCUGCCCGAGCUGCUCUGUCGGCUCUCCUUUUCCUUGCAGGGCAAUGUGAGUUCUGCUGAUGAAUGUCGUGAGUUAACAUUGACUUCAAAGACCAUGAAGCCAGAGGCUGUGCCAGACACUCUGCUACCUCUUGUAGAAUUACUCAGUCAUCCUAACUGUAAAAUUAGAAGUGGGGAAAGAUCAGGGAAACUAUUGCUCUUUUACCUCUUGAGAAUCGGCUGCUAUUUCUAACGUAUUUUUUUUUCCUGAGACAGCCAAAUAAAAAAGUAUUUUUUAUGGAUGAGCUGUUGUAAAUCUUUCUUGUAUCAUUACUGGACAGUCAGCAAUCAGAACCUUUUUUUCAUGAAAGGAGCAAUAGUAUAAAAACCCAGUAUUCAGCAUAUUCCCCCCAUUUUUAAGAAGUGACAUUUCAUAUAUUGGUGCCAAAAGUGUAUUGGGGUGGGGAGAGUGGGAACUUUUCGAAUUCACGGUUAUUGCUGAAGUUGUACAAUUAUGAUUUGACUGGAAAUCAAUCUUGUAUUACCUCCCAAGGAAUCAUGGGCUUUUUUGAAUAAAAUAAAAGCAGACAAACGUGU